ACCAAUAGUUCCUCUGAUUAUUCUUCUUGUGAGGAGAAAUUGAAAAAAGGAGCAAAACAUGGAGAAGGAGAGAAAAUGCUCUGGACUGUACGGAGCCUUGGAGGAGACGCAGGUGGACGGAGGAGCGAAGCAGGAGCCAGCGGAGGACGUGGUGUCGAUGGCCGACUCCACCAUCACGGUGCAGGACAUCGAAGGAGAGCUGGUGAGAAUCGAGCGGAUCCGAGACAUCCUGGUUCGGAGAGAGUCGGAGCUCAGAUACAUGAUGGACGACAUCCAGCUCUGCAAAGAAAUCACGAGGCUGAAGAAUGAGCUGCAGAAACUGGUCUCAGUUCCAGACAAAGACAAGUCCAAGGAGGACAGGGAGCGGGAGGAGGAGCUGCUGCUGCAGAUCAACAAGCUGGUGGAGACCAGAGACUUCCUGGUGGACGAUGUGGAGUUCGAACGCCUCAGGGAGCGAGAGGAAGACAGAGAGAUGGCGGCUUUCUUACAGUCCAAGUUUCCCAAGGCUGCGGCUUCUGCAAAGGGAGCCUUGCCGGAUCAAACGGUGGCGUCCAAGUCUCAGCAGACCUCGACGCCGUUCAUCAGUAAAACUGGAGUCACGCUGCUGAAGGACUGCUGCGGCUUCACCUGCUCCGUCAUGUGACACGGCACCAGGCGGCCAAUAGGGAACAAGUAUUAUAACCACAUUAUUAAGGCUCUAACUAGUGACUAUUGUCCUUAUUUUGCAUUUUAUGUUGUUUUACAAUGUGACUUCUUUAAAAAUGAAAUUCAGUUUAGAAAUAUAAAACAGAAAACAGCCACAGUACAAAAUAUUCUAGAAGAUUUCUAGAAUAAAUUUGUCAUUUUUGUUAGAUUAAUGACUAAUUCAUAAAAACCUCAUUUAUUUCGAUGUAGAACGUUUUUCUGUUUACAAUUUAAACCAAAGUCUUCUCUGAGUGGGUUUAAGAAAUAUGCCUCAGUCUGUGUUUUGUAUAAAAACUGUAUUUUCACAUGUAUAAUUUAGAACAAUCUCCUUAUGUGUCUGUGAUCUGUGAUAAUUUGUCUUAAUGUGACUCGGACUGUGAACAGUGAUGUUGUAAUAAACACGU